CUCAACUUAGAGACUUCGAUUAGUAAUAUAGAGUAAGUAAUUAUGUACUUUCAUAGACACUUAGGUUUUAUAUAUAUAUAAUAUUAUAUAACCUAAGUUUCUAUGAACGUAAAUUAUUAUUUACUCUAUAGUACAAGUCAAGGUUUCGAUGUUGAGUAUUAGUACUUUAUUAACUAUAUGGUCCAUAGAUAAGCACCCACGUCCCACGAGUUAUGAUGUGUUUUUGGUUGCCUAGUAACCUUUUUAAAUUUUGAUUGCAACCUUGUGUUGCAAUAGAGAAUUGGAAAUGCUUUGGGGUAAAAUCGUUCUUUUAUUUGAAUAAUAUUUGUAGAGCAAGGACAAGGAAUUUUGAAACAAGCAUUUUCAGGCUGCCUAAAAGUGAACACUGAAAGAAGAAGAAGAAAUGCCGCCCAAGAAGAAGGGCGCGGGGGCCGGCAAAGGAGGCAAGAAGAAAGCCGAGGGCUACAUGAUCGAUGGCGUGUCCACCACGGAAAUGUCGCGAGAGCAGCUGGAGGUGUUCGCCCACAGACUGCGCGAGGAGAUUGAUCGGGAGAGGGAGGAGAGGAACUUCUUCGAGCUGGAGCGGGACAAGAUUCACACCUUCUGGGAGAUCACGCGUGAGCAGCUGGACGAGUCUCGGGCCGAGCUGAGGAACAAAGACAGAGAAAUAGAAGAGUCUGAGGAGAAACAUCAGGCUGAGUUGGAAACGUUGAAGCAGAAAGUUAAAUUGCUCAUGUAUGAGCAACAAAACGAUAUCGCUGAGCUCAAGGCGGAGGGGCGGGUGACCUUGAAGCUGGCGGAGGACGGCUUCAAGCGGGAUGAGCAGGGGCUGCUGGAGAACAAGCGGCAGCUCAAGGCCAGCCUGCGGGAGCAGCAGCUGCUGUUCCACGACCAGAUGAGCGAGCUGAGCAUGCGACACAGCGAGGAGGCGAGCGAGAUGCGGGCGGCCUUCGCGCUGGAGGCACGCACGCUCCGGGACCGGCUGGAGCGGCGGCUGGCGGAGACGCGCGGCGAGCUGGCCCUCAGACACCGGCUGGAGCUGACGCAGCUGGAGGAGCAGAAGAACCAGCACAUCUGCGAGCUGACCAGGGGCCACGAGCGCGCCUUCUCCGACAUGAAGAACUACUACGACGACAUCACGCUCAACAACCUGGCGCUCAACGGCAGCCUCAAGGAGCAGCUGGAGAAGGUGAAGCAGCAGGCGGAGCGCAUGGAGCAGCAGAUGCACGACGUCCUGGCCAGGAACAAGCAGCUGGCGGAGCCCCUGGAGGCCACUCGGGCCGCCCUGGCCGACCUGCAGCGCAGGACUGCCAACUACGACCAGGACAAGGCCUCCCUCUCUAACAUGAAGAUUCGGCUGAACAAAUGUUAUAAAAAGCUGGAAGACUUAAAAUGUGAAAAUGAAUUCCUGCAACUGCGCUAUGAGAAGUUGCAGGCGGAGCGGGACGAGCUGCAGGCCCGGUCAGUGCAGGCAGCACAAGAGCUGCAGCAGAAGGCCGCGCUGCGCGUCGCGCUGCUCGAGGAGCGCCUGGGGGCACUCGCGCAGCUGCUGGAGCAGAAGGAGGCGCAGGUCGCGGAGGUGCUCGCGGCCGCCCAGCUGGACCCCGUCGCCACGGCCGCCCUGCGCCACAAGCUCGACAGCCUGCUCGACAGCAAGAACACCGUCAUCAAGGAGCUGAGGUACGAGCUGGCCCGGGCACACAAGGCGCGCGACGACACGCUGCGCGCCGUGCAGGCCAAGCUGCGGCAGCACGGCAUCCCCGCCGAGGAGCUGGGCCUGGAGCCCCAGGAGCCUGCGGUGAAGGGCCCGCGGCUGGGCAGGGGCCCCGCGGGGCUGGUCACCGCCAACCGCUGACCCUCCCGGAGACUCUCCUGUGGUAGCCAGUGUCCUGCCAUCACACAGCCGGGGGAUGGUGUACUAGUGCAUAGUCAUUCACACAAUAAGUGUUUGAAGUGGGCCAGCAAUGGGGAUUGUGGACGCUGGAAUUUUCCUAAUUUUUUAUUUUUUUUUUGACGUGAUAACGUCUUAUAAAUGGAUGAACGCCGGCUGCACGCACGGAAAAAUUGUCACGUUCCGGCUGAGCCGAGCGUGCAAGAACCGGCCAACCACCGUGCGAGAAAAUCUUCUAUAAUAUAAAAGCAGGUAAAGGCAGGCUUUUUUUAACUAAUUGUUCGUUAAUUAUAUUUAAACAAAUUUUUAAAAUUAAAUUUGCAAAAACUGUAAAU